AGACCCACAGGGCACCAGGGAGACUAAAUGACCGCUGCCCCCAGUGGACAUGGGGAAGAAGCUGGUGAUGGCCCAGAAGCGGGGAGAGACUCGAGCCCUUUGCCUGGGUGUGGCCAUGGUGAUGUGUGCUGUCAUUGCCUACUAUAUCCUGGGCACGACUGUGCUGCCCCUCUACCAGAAAAGUGUGUGGACCCAGGAAUCUACAUGCCACCUGAUUGAAACCAACAUCAGAGAUCAGGAGGAGCUGGAGGGCAAGAAAGUGCCCCAGUACCCAUGUCUGUGGGUCAACGUGUCAGCUGUGGGCAGGUGGGCCGUGCUGUACCACACAGAAGACACUCGGGACCGCAACCACCAGUGCUCCUACAUCCCAGGCAGCCUGGACAACUACCUAAUGGCCCGGGCUGAAGUGGAGAAGGUCAGAGCCAGAUUCCAUGAGCACCAGGUUUUCUACUGCUUCUCCACGACUCGGGAGAAUGAGACCAGCGUCCUGUACCGGCGCCUCUACGGGCCCCAGGCCCUCCUCUUCUCCCUCUUCUGGCCCACCUUCCUUCUGACUGGCGGCCUCCUCCUCAUCGCCAUGGUGAAGAUUAACCAGUCCCUCUCCAUCCUGGCGGCGCAGAAGUAGACCCAUCCAGCCACACCACUGCUUGUGUCCCAGGGGCCUGGGUGGGCCCCCAGGGCUGUCCCCACCUGCCUCCUCCCCUGCCCUCCUGCUCUCCCCCUCCACUCCAUCCUGUCUUCCAUUGCAUGAUUGACCUUUGGGAAAUCCAUUUGGUGAGUCAUUUCCUGCUCAAGAAUGUACCAUAGCUCCCUAGUGCCUCGGAGGACAUAAGGCGAGCCAGUUAUAGCUCUUCAUAACCUGUCCCCACUCAAAUGACUCAUAACCGUUUCCUACCGCAUCACUGUCUAUCCCCCAAAUGAUGAUAAUUGUCACCUGUGUGUCCAUGUUGUCCCUGUUGGCUCAAAGGCCUGCCUCUCCCACCACCGAAGCCGUCCUUGGCAAACCUCAGUUCCUUCUUUGAAUUCCAUAAUGAAAACCACAGCAGCUUCCAUUUAUGGAGCACAUUUAAAACAUUGCUUUUUUUCAGGAUACU